UUCUAAUUAUGUAACAAAUAGUUGGCAUGUUAACAGAGGUUAAAGAUAGCAAAACACAAGGGAGGAAAGAAAAGUGCCGAGAGCUGGGAGAAAAACUGUCUUGACAUCACAGUCAGAUUCCACUCUGAUAUUGACCCUCAUCAGUGAGCAGACACAGUCAGGGCCGGGUUGCGAAGCUGUCAGGUUGGAAAUAUGACUGAAAUACAGGGAAAAUUCUUCUGAGGAUUCAGCGGCACCAUGCAUACUGAGAAAUACCUUCAAAUUCUAAUUCACAGAGGAGGAAGUGUAUUUCAAAUUCAACAAUGAAUGAAAUUUCUAGGACGACUCUGGACCUCCAGGACACAAAGAAAAUACAUAACGCAUGGAAAUCAAGAAUACAAAAACACCUCGUCCAGAGUCCAUUACCAUGGAGGAAAACAAACAGACAGGAAACUAAUGAAGCAAGCCUACUGGGAGAAUCUCUUGAGACACUCCUUUCCCAGAAAUGUGGACAAAUAGCAUUUCGGGACUUUCUAAAGUCAGAGUUCUGUGAGGAAAACCUCGACUUCUGGCUCGCAUGUCAAGAGUUCAAAACAUUUGACAGUUCAGAGGAGCGAACAAGGAGAGCAGCAAAGAUAUAUGAAGAGUUCGUCAGUCCUGGGUCCCCUAGACAGGUAAAUGUAGAUUUCUACACAAGAGAGCUCAUCAGUCGGAGUCUCCGGGAACCAAGUCCAUCAUGUUUUGUUGUGGCACAGAAGAAAAUCUACAGCCUGAUGGCGAACGGCUCCUUCCCGCGCUUCAUCCAGUCGGAGCAAUACAAAGUCCUGUUCGAUGCAGCUUCUAAACAGAGAGGCUUUGGGAAGCACUGGAAGGCCAGUCACAAAGCAGACACGUUCCUCAAAAUGUCACCUUAACAACAUAAUGUCUGACAAGACUGAAAGCUGUGCCAGUUAUACUGCCGGCAGUGUCAUCUAGUGAACACCGGACAUUACCAAAAGUAAAAUUAUGAGUUUUAAUUAAGUGAUAUUUUAAAUGUAAAUUUUAAUAUUCAUGAAAUGCACGUGACUGCAGGACUGUUGUGUGUUUUCUGAGCUAUUUUGUGAGCUUGCACUUAAACAAUAUUUAUAAAAUAAGAUACAUGAUCUUGACAUGUAUGUAUCAUGAAGAACUGCAAUGCUAUAGACUUUAUUUUGUGUUUAAAUUAAUAUAAACUGUUCAACUGACUGAGCAAGUCCGUUGAGGAGACUGUGUCCCCUGGGUGUAAAAAUGCAUCCUGUGUGCUUACAGUUGGUGUGCUACUGCCACCCAGUGGUGACUUGGAACACUUGCAAACAAAAAUACAUUUUGAGCUACUGAUGUAAACAUUUGCAGGAAAAUGAAUUAUACAAAUUGUGUGUAAUACUGAGAUAAAAGUGAUGAAUUAUGAACUUCUAAACUAUUCUUCACUUGUUGUCUGACAAUGACAUGCACCAGAAAGGUGCUAUCAAGACAUUGCCAAAGGUUUUGUCUCAUCUGUAACCUGUUUCGACAAAAUGCCACAAAUAAACAAGUUAGUUUUAUUAUUUUGAA